AUGUAAAAAACAAUGAAUCAAUUGAGUGUAUAAGUGUGUGUCUUGCCAAUAAAAAUUAAUUUCUUAUAUGAUAAAAUUAAAAUCAACCUCAGACAACAUGUUUUAUCCUGUUAAUUAAACUCCUGCAUUAAAGAAUAAAGAAAUUUUGAAGAGAAUAUCUUAGAAUCAUAAAUUAUUCCCUCAAAUCUUUAAUUUAUAACAUUUAAUGAACCGUAUGAAGAAUUAUCUAGAAUUACUAAAAUCUCCUAAACCAAUAACAAAGCAUUGUUAAAGGAGAUUAUAGUAAGCUCAGAAUGCUUUCAAUUAACUUUUUCUAUCUGUAGAUAAAUUAGUCUUUACAAAACAUCUAGCACUAUUGGAGAAAUUUCAAUUUCAUGUUUUUUACUUUGA